UCAUAUCCCAGAUAAGCUGAUCAGUACGUUAUUUCCUUUUUUCAUGCAACACUUCAUUUUCUAUCAUGGAGCAGAAGGGGAGGAUAUUCUUGAUUUUGGUAGCAAUGGUCUUUCAUGGCACUGAAUCUUUAAGUGAUGAUGAUGGACCUCUUGUUCUUGACUAUUACAAAGAAAAGUGCCCUUUGUUGGAAGAGAUUGUGAAGCACAAUGUUGAAGUUGCAGUUUUUAAAGAUCCUCGAAUGGCUGCUUCUCUCCUUCGCUUGCAUUUUCAUGAUUGUUUUGUCAUGGGUUGCGAUGCAUCUGUUCUUUUAGAUAGUUUUGGAGGCAUUACCAGUGAAAAGCAAGCAGGCCCCAACCUAAAUUCUUUACGAGGAUUUGAGGUUAUCGAUCAGAUCAAAUACAUCCUGGAAGAGGCUUGUCCAAGAACAGUAUCAUGUGCUGAUAUUCUAGCAUUGGCUGCUCGUGAUUCUGUUGCAUCGAGGGGAGGGCCUAGCUGGGAUGUGUGGCUAGGCAGGAGAGACUCCCUGCAAGCAAGCUUCAGUGGUGCCAACCAGUUCAUCCCUGCUCCAAAUAACUCUCUAGAAACUCUCAUUUCCAAUUUCAAACAACAAGGACUUGAUAUAGAAGACUUGGUUGCCUUGUCAGGUAGCCACACAAUUGGAAAGGCAAGAUGUUUAAGCUUCAGGCAGAGGGUGUAUGAUGUGAACUUCAAAGGACAGUACGAAAUAUACGAUAAGUACAGGAGGUAUACUUCCUUCCGAAGAAUCUUACAGUCCAUAUGCCCCAAAUCAGGGAGGAACAAUGAUUUAGCACCUCUUGAUUUUAUGACUCCAGCCAGAUUUGACAAUCAUUAUUAUGUUAACCUACUCCAAGGAAAAGGUUUGCUGGGUUCUGAUACUGUAUUGGUCACACAAGAUCAUGAAGGGGAGAUCCUAAAGCAGGUGUGGGCUUAUGCCACUGAUGAGAAACUUUUCUUUGCUUCAUUUGCAAACUCUAUGGUGAAGAUGGGAAACAUCAAUCCAAUCACUGGAAAUCAAGGAGAAAUCAGGAAGAGUUGUAGGUUUGUCAACACCUAGCUAGGUAGUACAUGUAUGGAACUCAGAGUUCAGCUUAUGAGUUAUCUAUAUCUGUAAUUCUGUAUGGUAAUUGCAGAGCAUUUGCAGAAGAAACUUUAUGAAGCGGGAUCCUAUAUAUGUGUUAUGUAGUUUUCAAUUCUCAUAUUAUGUUUUAUGU